AUGGCUCCCGCCGGCGCCUUCGCCCCCGGCGCCCCCGCCCCCUUCGGCCUCAGCAGCUGCGGCCUGCCGCCCGCGGACGCGGCCGUGGCGGUGGCGAGCGGCAAGCUGCUGGGCGGCCGCGGCGAUGCAGCGGCGUGGGCGCGAGAAUUCCAGCGGGCGCAGGGGGCAGGGGGCACGGCAGAUCUCAGAGACCUCCAGGAAUCCGUGAUGCUGGAGUUUGAGCCACACAACGUUGAGGCCUACUCAGUGGCGGAUGAGGUCACAAUCAGGAUCGCCGCCAAGAACCCCGGCCCACAGGGGGUGCUGCUGAAAAUCUACGAGCUGAGCCCCUGGCAUGCGGCGACGGCCGCCCUGAGGGCCCCGGGGGUCGACCUGGAGCUGUCGGGGGUGGCCGCCACGAUGGAGGUCGCGCUCGGCGGCGCGGGAGGGGGGGCGCCGGGGGGCGGCGGCGGCGGCGAUCAAGAGGGCAGCCCCAUGGUCAAGCGCGUCCAUGAGUGGCGGGGCCUGGCAGGGCACGCGGGCAGCUUCAUGUUCGAGGCCGUCGGCGCGGACAAGACCAUCCGCGCCCUCAUCCACAAGGGCUGCGUGCGCCUGCGGGAGCGGCUGUCCCUGGCCGGCCACGUGCUGACGGCGUUCGACGAGGCCUGGGUACCCAUCAAGGACACCCGCGUGUGGCUGGACGGCAGGGAGUUGACGCCGGAGCCCGCGGCGGCGCCGGGGGAGGGUGAUCCUGGCGCGGGACCCGGGCAAGAGGGGGAGGGGGAGGUGGUCGUGCCCUACGGCCGCGCCGAGCGCCGCACGCCGCUGGUGGUGGCGGGGUCGGCGCCAGGCAGCCCGGCACUCGUCAUCACCGACUGGAGGCACUUGCCAGAGUGGUACGCCUUUGGGGCCCAGGUCGCGGCCCCCCAGGAGGGCCUGCUGCCGGGUGCGCCCGCCCUGCUGACAGUGACGCUGUCGGUGACGUCCACCACCCGCGACGGCUCCGAGGUCGCGGCGGUUGCGGCUGACCUCCCCCUCAACCCCAUCACUGGGGAAGGCACUUACACCGCCCAGCUGCCCGACAGGUGCUGCGCGCUCCGCGCGUCGCUGACGGCGCGCAUCAAGCUGGCGGCCCCCGGCGUCAACGGGGAGCCCGCCUACCAAGACUUCAGCCACGACUGCAGCUGGAGCGUCUGCGCGGGCGACGGCGGCGGCCGCGUGUGGGAUGUCUACCUAACACGCGGCCGGCCGCGCCAGGUGUCCGGCGCCCCGGGCGCCCGGGGCGCCGGCGAGGCAGGCGCGCAGGGUGCUGCUGUCGAGUACGGGGUCCAGGUGCUGGGGCGGGCGGGGGAGACGCCGCUGGAGCCAAAAACGGUGGUGGUCAAGCUGUCGUCCACGACCUGGAGCGACUGUGAGCGGCUGACCUUCAAGCUGCAGACCGGCCCCGACGGCACCGCCUGGCUGGGGCCCCUGGGGGGCGUGAGGACUCUCUGGGCACGCGUCUGCGGCGACGAGGGAGGGGAGGGCGGCCGGGGCGGCGGCGGCGGCGGCGGCGGGGGCGGCGAUGGACCAGCCCGGCGAUGGCGGAUCUCCUGCAUGAGCUGGGAGGACGCCCCCCUGCCGCGGCAGGUGGCCAUCCCAUACGGCGCGACCCUGACCCUCCCCUUCCGCGCAGCCUCCGAGGGCCUCGCUCCCGCAGCCCCUGGCAGCCCCAUCCCUCACGCCCGGCUGUUCCGCGUCGCGCCGCGCGCACUGGGCGGGUCUCCGACUGUCCUCGAGGACGCGGGCGGUGCGUACCUUGGGCCGGAGCGCCCGGCUGCUGCAGACGGCGCCGGCGGCAGCAACAGCAGGGGUGGCGGGGUGGGGGCGCUGGUUAUAAGUGGUCUGCCUGUCGGGCACUACCGGCUCUUGCUGCCCCAGCUGGCUGCGGCGCCUGGAGAGGACGCGGUGUCAUUCGACGCAGCAGGCGGCGGCGGCGGCGCGGCCGCGCUCUGGGGCGAGGCUUGCGUCUCGAUUGAGGUGCUGCGCCCGGCGCCGGUUCCCCGCGUGGAUUGCGGCGGCGGCGCGCCGCUGCUCCUGCGCCCGCCCCGCGCGGCGUCAGGGCUGGAGGCCGCCGCGGACAGCGGCGGCGGCGGCGGCGGCGGCGGCGGCGGGCCGCAGCUGGUUGAGGGGUCAGAGCGCGGGCCGCUGCGCAUCGUGGCGGCGUCCGUGUCGGCGGCGGGGGGCGUGGAGGUUCCUGCCCGACUCGACCUGCGCCGAGCCCCGCUGGCCCCUCGCGCCCCCGCCCCCCGCGCCGCCCGCGCGGCCGUGCGGCGGCGCCGCGCGCUGCUCAUACUCUGA